CGCUCCUUCCGGCCUCGCGCGGCGUUACGCGACCGCUGCUCCCGACGCGCGGCCUGCGUGGUUCUUCUGCGCGGUGGUGGAUUUCGCCAGCGGCAGAGCCUGAGGCGGAGAUGGCUGCCACGCUGCAGCGCAUCGAGCGACUAUCCAGUCGAGUGGUGCGUGUGUUGGGCUGUAACCCGGGUCCUAUGACCCUGCAGGGCACCAACACCUACCUAGUGGGGAGCGGCCCCAGGAGAAUCCUCAUUGACACUGGAGAGCCAGCAAUUUCAGAAUAUAUCAGCUGUUUAAAACAGGCUCUAGCUGAAUUUAACACAGCAAUCCAGGAAAUCAUAGUGACUCAUUGGCACCGGGAUCAUACUGGGGGCAUAGAAGAUAUUUGUAAAAGCAUCAAUACUGAUGCUACCUAUUGUAUUAAAAAACUACCACGGAAUCCUUACAGAGAAGAAAUUAUAGGAAAUGGAGAGCAACAAUAUGUUUAUCUGAAAGACGGAGAUAUAAUUAAGACUGAGGGAGCCACACUAAGAGUUAUAUACACACCUGGGCACACUGAUGAUCAUAUGGCUCUCCUCUUAGAAGAGGAAAAUGCUCUCUUUUCUGGAGAUUGCAUCCUAGGGGAAGGAACAACUGUAUUUGAAGACCUCUAUGAUUAUAUGAACUCCCUAAAAGAAUUAUUGAAAAUUAAAGCUGAUAUUAUAUAUCCAGGACAUGGCCCAGUAAUCAAUAAUGCCGAAGCUAAAAUUCUACAGUACAUUUCUCACAGAAAUAUCCGAGAACAGCAAAUUCUUACAUUGUUUCGUGAGAACUUUGAAAAAUCAUUUACAGUAAUGGAGCUUGUAAAAAUUAUUUAUAAGGAUACUCCCGAACAUUUACAUAAAGUGGCUAAACAUAAUCUCUUACUUCAUUUGAAAAAGCUAGAAAAAGAAGGAAAAAUAUUUAGCAACACAGAUCCUGACAAGAAAUGGAAAGCCAACCUUUAGUUUUAGAUUAACGAAAACAUUGCUUUGUUUUUAGAGAACAGUAUGUUUAAAUAAAUAAAUAACCUAUAUUAUA